GUGACAGAAGCAGCUGCAUUCUAAAACUUGGUCUCACUUAAACUAACCUCAUCCACACUUACAAAAGUGCUGUCUGUGAGACGGAGUUCAACUAGAGGACUUGAAUUUAUUCAUCGUCAACAAUUCUAAAUUAAACCUUGGCAGAAAAUAUAUCGCAGGCUGGGCAUUAAAAGAUGGGAAUUUGUGUGUCAAAGGAGGUUUCAAAAGAAGAGCUUAGGAAAUCAAUCAAAAGGCAAAAAGCAGUACCUUCAGAAGAGGACGAAGCACUUUUGGUUGCUGAGUUGAGGAGUCAGCUGAAGACUGUUUAUGGCCACAACUCCCUGGGGUUAGCAAUGAUGGAAAUGACAGAAAUCCCUAAAAUUACAUGGCAGGUAACGGAGGUAGAGAAACUAAACGUGUCACAUAAUUUUCUUCUGAGCAUUAGUCCCAGCGUUGAGAACCUUCAGAAUCUAGUUAUUCUAAAUUUGCUGGGAAACCAGUUGGCUGCUUUGCCAAAAGAAAUUGGGUCUUUGAGGAAACUGAAGGUCCUGUUUGCCGACUGGAAUGGUCUCAGAGAAGUUCCGCAAGAACUAGGCCGCUGCAAAAAACUCCAGGUUCUCAGUCUCUCUCACAAUAUGAUUUCAUCGCUCCCAGAGAGCUUCGAGGACCUGAGGCAACUGGAAAAGCUCAAUUUAAGCAACAACCGAUUUGUGCAAUUGCCCACCUGUGUCUACCGGAUGAGGAGAUUAACCUUCUUGCACAUCGGCUGCAACAAAAUUGAAAGCAUUUCUGAAAGCGUUGGCCAACUGGAAAACAUGAGGAUAUUUAUUGCAGAGAAGAAUAAGCUCAGAUUCCUGCCGAAAUCAAUCUGUCUGUUGAGGCCACUCAUGCUCCUUAAUGUGAACUAUAAUGAGAUUGAAAAUCUCCCGACAAGCCUGCCCAUGCUGACUGAGUUGGAAAGGGUAGCCUGUCAUUCACUCGAUAAGGGCCUUCAUGUCAAAUGCAACCCCCUAGCAAAACCACUGCCAGACCUCAUCCAGGAGGGGCUGGAACCCCUCUAUGAUUAUUUGAAGCCCAAAAGGGACAAUAAAUAAGAAUUGGUUUCUUUUUCAGUUUCUGAAUGUUUUGUGGCCUGGAGGGUCUUGAGUACAGCUUUCAUUUUGCAUCUGUAAGCUUGCUCCUACACUUAAACAUACAGAGUCACAGCUUGUAGAUGUCAUGCAAAAUCACCCACUGUGCGAAUGAAAACAAACCAUGUCUUAGAAAAUAUACCCUGGAUGUAUUUUCAAA